AUGACCAUACAGAAGCACUGCCUCGGCUUGGCAUUACGACGCCGUGGAAGACCCCAAGUCACUCGCUGUCAAGUACCGUCGGUGAGGUACCCUAGGAUCAUGGACCGUCUGACAUCUACAAACCUGGCUUCCAAGGUUGGUGUUCCGAUGGCGGUAGACGCAGAAAACCAGCUCGUGGCCCAAAGGCUAGUGGGCGGAGGCACGCCAGAAAGCGGAGACAUAUACAAGGUAAGCAAGCCGGCACAUGCAACGACGCGCAUAGGGGCUAUUGGGAUGUCGGAGAGCAUGCGCGGUGGCGGAGGCGACAGCAAGCGGAAAACGCUUCGAUACGUGCUGGAAAAACAGGGAAACGGGCCGUCGUUCGAGGCACAACUGUUGCUAGAGCGGAUACCUGACAGUUUGCCGCCGUGCGAAGAGUUCCAGCAGCGACUGCGAGAGUGCCAGGACGGCACGCUCCUGCUGAAUUUGGCUACGACGUUCUACCAGCCCCUAGAGGAUGUGGCGACGGUGAAGGCGCUGUUCCGCUUCCGGGACUACUUCUUCCACCACCAGGGCUGGUACAGCCUGACGUUCAACCAGUUCGUGCGCGUAUACCCGGUGAUAUCGUGCCUGAUGGUGAAGUCCAAGGGCCAGCGGGAGAAGGUCAAGUGCCCGAAGGCCUUUGUGUCCGAGUCGCGCUGCAGAAUGGACACUUCCCAUCGCUCGCGCAGCCAGCGGACACGCUCCAAGAAGCCGCGGCUGGAGUGCGACUGCAAGGUGAACUACCGGAUCGAGAUCGACAUGACGGAACGCAUGGUGACGAUGCUGGUGAAGGGCCUGCACACGCAUCCUAUCGAGAAUGUGCUGGCGUUCAAAACGUCAUUUUUCCUGGUGAACAUCCUGGACGACCUGUGCAAGAAGGGCCAUAAAAACGUGAACCAGAUACAGGAUAUAAUGAAGCAGCGGCUGGAGCCUUACGACUGGGACAACAUCGGCUUCACACAGAUGCUGGCCACACGCUCGCACUUCACGAAUCGCAUAGCCAAGUUCCACCCACCCAACGGCCUGGCCCGGGGCUUCGAACCUGGCACAAUUGUCAUAACCCACUUCGAGGCCGAUAAGCCCUCCGACGAGCGCACAGAACACGACCUCCCGGAGCUGGUGUUGCAGCAUGGAGACGGCAUGCUUCAGCAGCAGCUCGGCCGUGCAGACCCCAUGGUGGACACACAGCUCGAAAACGAAGCGCCCGAGGAGAUGGAGCAGCUCCAGGAUGCCAUUAUUUUCAGCCUCACCAAGAUCGGCGAGGCUGCCAGGAACCAUAAACGCAAUGGCGAUCUGCAGUGGAUAAGGAAAGCAGCCAAAAAGUUAACCAGUAUUGCCAAGGAGCUCGAUCUAGACUCAUCAUCUGACCUGCUUAAAGAGUAG